AUGAUCAUAUUAUUUGUAAUACCAAAAAAAGAGAAGAAAAGAAAAGAAAAAAUACACGUUUAUUUCGUUUUCCUUUCCUUUCCUUUCCUCUUUUUUUUUUUUAAAAAAAUAAAAAUUCCCUUUAUUUAUUUAUUUGCUUGCUUGUUUAUUUUCUUUUUUUUACUAUUACCUUUUCAAAUAAAAACAAACAAACAAACAAACAAACAAACAAAAAGGGAAUUUCAGAGACACGAAUACGCGAUUGCACAGCGUUGCGCCCCUCCCAGGGGAUCACUUCUUUUCUUUUUUUUCUUUUUGAAAAAUCAAAUCAAAUCAAAUCAAAUUAAUUUAAUUUAA